AUGCUCAUCUGGUCAUGUGGACCUAACCGAUCUGAUUUGUGUCUUGUCCAAACUUUCACCCCUGACCCUUUCGCAGAAUGUCUCGAGGAGAUGGGUUCGCUGAUCGAGCGUUUCGGUAUCAAUAUUUGUCAGCCUUCGGUCCCGGUUGCAUUGAAGGCAAUCGCUCAGCAAAUCGGGGAUCGGGACAGUGGGGUGCGUUCAGCAGCGUUGAACGCUCUGGUGGCUGCGUACUGUAUCACGGGUGAACAAAUAUGGAAAUUGAUUGGAUCUCUGUCCGACAAAGAUCGUUCGAUGCUGGAAGAACGCAUUAAGCGUGCUGGGCGCCAACCAGCACCUCCACCUGCGGAUGUGCCUGAAAUGCGGCCGAGAACGAUGAGCUCAUCUCGUGGCAACCGGGAAUCUUCUGCUCCACGCCGCGCCUACGAUACCGCUCCGAUGGAACGUCAACCCCCCAUGUCUUCCGCCCGAGCCCGUGCCCAUGCCAUGCUGAGUGAGCUGGGUGAUUUGUCCCCCGAGAAACCACCCAAUAUGCCUCCACUCAUCCAACUCGAGUCUGAAAUUGAUGACUUAUUCAAACCAAUCGAGAUGCCAGCCCUUAACCCUGACACGGCUUCCGCUAUCACAAUGGUGGUAACCGCGAUUUCUUCCAGUGAUUUGCUUAUCAGCUGUCGUGCCCUGGCUGAGGUGGACACUGUCCUUCGCGGUAUGUGCAAUCUAAUCAUGAAUUUCGUCCCAUCAUCGUUCUCCAAUUAA